AUGCCUUCGCCUGCGAGUACCGCUCGUGCUGGCACUUCCUGUCGUCGCUGCCACCGACGGAAGAAGCGCUGCGAUCGGACGCUUCCACAAUGCGAGACCUGUCUGCACGCCCAGGUGGCCUGCAGCUUUCUGGACGAUGAUCGGCAGGUCGGCACAUACCCGAUUGCCUACGUCCAAGGCCUCGAGUCUCGCGUACGAGACCUCGAGAAGCAAUUAACUGCUGCCCUGGCAUCAACCGGGCUUCCAGAUGGCCCACGGGGCGAGCUUGCAUUCGAUCAGCCUAUUGUGAAUUUCGCAACACCUCCCGACACAGACAAUUUUGAUAAUCUUCCUCUUCUUUCUCCCCCGGCUCAUGCACGAUCGGACUUUUUGGCCGAAGAACUCAAGCGGCUCUCUCUGGAAGCUACAGCAGAGCGACACCUGGGUUCUUCAUCGGGUCUGUCUUUUGCAAAGCUGACCCAGGCAGUCCUGCGACGGCUGUCUCCCGACAAGGCAGAGUUCGUGUUCGAUGAUAUGCCAGAGGAUACACAGGACCAGCCUGAUGGACCUCUUCCGGAACCAUUCCAAGACGCAGCGGCCUCGCUGCUGGAUCUCCACAACGCCUACUCCUCCCCGUGUUUGUUCAACCAGCUCUCUCUUUCUCAUGUCAUGGAAGAUGAGACGGUGCUUGCGGACCUACAACUACCCGACAGGGGGCACAUCAGCUAUCUGAUGGAAUUCUAUUUCGCACACUCACACACUCUGUAUCCGAUCAUUCGACGUGGCGAGUUUACGUCGGUCAUAUGGCGAGUGUAUAGCCAGCCGCAGGAACCGCUGGCAGGGUCAGCGUUGUGGAUGUUUCGUAUCUGGAUGGUUCUCGCCAUUGGAUCGACGACGCACUGUUCCGUGUCUUUGGUCGAGGAGUCGGAAUCGGUUCUGUACUAUAACAAGGCGAUGGUGUAUUUUGAGGAGGCAUUCGGACUGGGUGAUAUGGCUGCAUUGGAGGUAUUGAUGCUGCAAGUGUCCUACUCGUUCUUCAACCAGAUCGGGCCAAAUACAUUUUUUUUGGUCGGCGUGGCUGCUCGCAUGGCAAUCGGAAUGGGUCUGCAUACCUCCUCGAGCUAUCUCAACCUCCCAGCCGACGUGGUCGAGUACCGAAAGCGGAUCUUCUUUUCUCUGUAUAUGAUGGAUAGGGUUGUAUCCAUGACCCUCGGCCGACCGUUUGCCAUGCACGACGACGACAUCGACAUCCAGCCCUUCACCGACGUCGAAGACGAGAACCUCACUCCCACCGGCUAUCCAGCAACACUCGACCCACUGCACCCGUCUAGCAUGUCCGUCCCUCUGCACAUUCUUUCCCUCCGCCGAAUCGCCAGCGAAAUCGCCACAAAAGUGUACUCUCCCCGCACCGCCCACCUAUCCCCCUUCCAACGCGAAUCCCUACUUCAAAGUCUCCACAAGAAACUCAUCGCUUGGCGCCGCGCCAUGCCCUUCCCCUUACCCUCCACCAACUCCCCGGUCCCCCACCUGAGCAGCAGCUGGUUCGACCUAAACUACUACACGCACGUGGCGAUGCUAUACCGUCCCUCACCAUUGUUCCCGGCCCUCGACGAAACCAAAGUCAAGGUACUCGCAAUGGCGGCAGCCAUGUCCAUCCGCCAAGCCAUGAACAUGCAUCGCCAGAAACGGUUUGCGUAUAACUGGCUCAAUCUGCUGGGGGUGUUUCAAUCGGCAUUGGCAUUGAUGUAUGCCACGACGGCGCAGCCAGAUCAGCUCGGGGUCGUGGUACGGGAGAGUAAGGCGGUCGAGGAUCUGGAGUUGGCGGUGGAAUUAUUGGAUGCGUUUGGGAGGAAGUUUGGGGCAGCGAGGAGGUUGGCGAGGAUGGUGAGGGAGGUGGUGGUGAGACUGAGGGGGUAUGAGUGUGAGUAG